CGGGCGCUUCUCGGGUCCCUGCCGGGCCCCCAGGCUGGCUUCCGCGGUCGCCAUGACGGCGGCCGUGUUCUUCGGUUGCACCUUCAUUGCCUUCGGGCCUGCGCUUGCCCUCUACGUCUUCACCAUCGCCAUCGAGCCGUUGCGCGUCAUCUUCCUCAUCGCCGGAGCUUUCUUCUGGUUGGUGUCUCUACUCCUUUCAUCCCUUUUAUGGUUCAUAGCAAGCCACAUUACUGAGAACAAAGAUGGACCAACACAGAAAUAUGUGCUAAUCUUCGGAGUGUUGGUUUCAGUCAUUAUCCAAGAAAUGUUCCGAUUUGCUUAUUACAGACUUUUAAAAAAAGCCAGUGAGGGUUUGAAGAGCAUAAACCCAGAUGAGAGUGCACCCUCCAUGCGAUUGCUGGCCUAUGUUUCUGGCUUGGGCUUUGGAAUCAUGAGCGGAGUGUUUUCCUUUGUGAAUACCCUGUCUGACUCCUUGGGGCCAGGUAUUGUGGGCAUUCAUGGAGAUUCUCCUCAGUUUUUCCUUAAUUCAGCUUUCAUGACGCUGGUUAUCAUAUUGCUGCACGUGUUCUGGGGCAUUAUAUUUUUUGAUGCUUGUGAGAAGAAAAAGUGGUACAUUCUUCUUCUAGUUCUCCUGACCCAUCUGCUGGUAUCUACUCAGACCUUCCUAAGUCCUCACUAUGGAAUAAAUCUGGUGUCAGCAUACAUAAUCAUGGUGUUCAUGGGCAUSUGGGCAUUUUUUGUUGCUGGAGGCAGCUGCCGAAGCCUGAAAUUCUGCCUGCUCUGCCAAGACAARGACUUUCUUCUUUACCACCAACGCUCUAGAUAACCUCCGACAAUCAGUUCCUACCAACAGCAGGCUGUGUCAUUAGAGGAAGCACAACAGUGCCUUUUUCUAAAAAGAGUAAAAAAGAAAGAAAUCCCCUUUUCUGGUGGAAUUUUGAAAAAGCAAAGCUAUCUAGAUAGGAAUUCCAU